AUGACAAAACCCGAAGCCCAAGGCCUCCUCUACGUCCUAGGCGAACCAGGCGCCUCCGUCUCCGAAGAAGAGUUCAACGUCUGGUACGACAAAGACCACGCACCCCUCCGCCUCAAAGUCCCCGGAUUCCAAACUGCAGCCCGCUACCGCUCAUCCGACGGGCACCAGCCCACCUGGCUAGCCAUCUACGACCUCGACACCCCCGAGAUCGCGUAUAGCGACGCGUGCAAGGCUCUCUCGACCAAUGCACCGCAGUAUGAGCUUCCACUCCCCGCACACAGGAAGUCUCGGCAAAGGUUACACUCACCUUCAAGAAAUACGUGUUGCACAAGGAGUUCACGGGGAAGGAAUAAGGAUUCCGAAGGAUCAGUAGGUAGAUGCUACAAUGGAGGGUUCCAGGCCGUAUAG